AUGGCGCAAAACUGUGUCCCUGAUGCCUCUGGUGCCACGCACAGCCCGUCUCAGCGCUACUUGAGCACCCGUGGUGAAGACAGCAAUUGCUCCUUUGAACAAGUUGUCCUGCGGGGGUUGGCCCCCGACGGCGGCUUGUACAUUCCCGAACAGAUUCCUCAAGCGACGUCCUGGGAAACUUGGAAGGACUUGAGCUUCGCCGACCUGGCCUACGAGAUUCUCUCGCUGUACAUUUCACCGUCCGAGAUCCCUUCGGCCCACCUCAAGGACCUUGUUGGUCGAAGCUACUCGACCUUCCGUAGCAACCAUGUAACGCCGCUUGUUCAUCUCGAUGGUAACCACUACCUGCUGGAACUAUUCCACGGUCCCACCUUUGCAUUCAAAGAUGUUGCCCUUCAAUUCGUGGGCAACCUGUUUGAAUAUUUCCUGGUCAGGAAAAACGAGGGAAAGACUGGACGUGAACGCCAUCACCUCACCGUCGUAGGUGCUACCAGCGGUGACACUGGAUCGGCGGCCAUUUACGGCUUGCGGGGCAAGAAGGAUGUGUCCGUCUUCAUCAUGUUCCCAAAGGGGCGCGUAAGCCCCAUUCAAGAACUGCAGAUGACCACUGUUCUCGACAAGAACGUCCACAACCUUUCAAUUGAUGGAACUUUUGAUGAUUGCCAAGAUAUUCUCAAGUCAAUACUCGCUGAUCCCGAAGCGAAUAAACCCAUCAACGUCGGCGCCGUCAAUUCCAUCAACUGGGCCCGUAUCCUGGCUCAGAUCACCUACUACUUCCACUCAUACUAUUCUUUGGCCAAGCAGUCUCCCAACUUUCAAGUUGGCGACAAGGUCCGGUUCGUUGUGCCAACAGGCAACUUUGGGGACAUCCUUGCCGGAUACUUUGCCAAGCGCAUGGGACUGCCCGUGGACAAGCUGGUCAUUGCCACCAACGAAAACGACAUUCUGGACAGGUUCUGGAAGACGGGCAAGUACGAGAAGCGGCCCGUGUCCGAGGAGGGCCAGCCUGUGGCUCCCGAGGGCGUCAAGGAAACGCUCAGCCCUGCCAUGGACAUCCUCGUGUCGAGCAACUUUGAGCGUCUCCUCUGGUUCCUGGCUUACGAGUUUGCCGAGAGUGCCGGCAUGGACGACCAGUGGAACAAGAAGCAGGCAGGUCAGGAGGUUUCCAAGUGGCUCACGGAGCUCAGGACAACCGGCGCGUUCGGGCCCGUCUACCAAGACGUGCUCAAGAGCGCCAAGCGCGAUUUUGACAGCGAGCGCGUGGAUGACAACCAAACGCUGGAAAUCAUCAGAGCCACGUAUACCAAGCUGGGCUACAUCCUGGAUCCCCACACCGCCGUUGGCGUCGCCGCCACGUCGAGGUCUGUCGCGGACGCCAGCCCGCACGCGCACCACAUCUCGCUGUCCACCGCCCACCCGGCCAAGUUCUCUAGCGCCGUGGAGAAGGCGCUGAGCGGCGAACCAGGUUUCGACUUUGAGAACAAGGUUCUUCCCGAGGAGUUUGUCGGACUAGAUAAGAUGGAGAGGCGCGUCACCGAGGUGGAAAACAACGUUGACAAGGUCCGUGAGCUUGUCAAGGCCCAAGUAGAGCAGGAACUCUCGCAAGACUAG